GCGAUUACUAUUUCUAGGUAUUUCUAUGAUUUUAUUUUUAGGCGCAUUUCGACUCUUAUUUAUCGGUUCCAUUUGGAGGGUGUACAUGACAAUCAGCACAGCAGCAACAACGGCAGUGGAUAGAAACUUCUCAUAGAGAUGGCGGCUUUAUUAUAAUCUUUUGGUUUUUUGGGCUCCAAUGGCCAUGGCUUCACUACAGAAGAGCUUUGCGAGAUUCAGCGUUGAUAGUAUUCUACGUUGUUGUUCAAAACCCAACUUCAAAAAUCGAACACAGCAGCAUAUAAAGCAGCAAGUCGUUUUACCACGACCACCCUUAUCGAGAAGGUGUGCAAUUCUCAUCUCUGUGCUUCCUUUGGGCUUCGUUUCGCUAUCCCUGCCAUCAUUGGGCAGAGAGAGGCGCAACAAAAAGACCAUCCCUCUUGAAGACUACCUCACCAGCUCUGAUGGACUGAAAUACUAUGAUGUUGUUGAGGGAAAGGGCCCUGUAGCUGAAAAAGGAUCAACAGUGCAGGUGCAUUUCGACUGCUUAUACCAUGGUAUUACAGCAGUGUCAAGUCGAGAAUCUAAACUCUUGGCUGGAAAUCGCAUCAUUGCACAGCCUUAUGAGUUCCAGGUUGGAGCUCUCCCCGGAAAAGAACGAAAGCGUGAAUUUGUGGACAAUCCAAAUGGUCUGUUCUCCGCACAAGCUGCACCAAAGCCCCCAACGGCCAUGUACACAAUAACCGAAGGGAUGAAAGUAGGGGGGAAGAGAACUGUACUUGUUCCUCCAGAGGCAGGAUACGGCAAAAAAGGGAUGAAUGAGAUUCCAGUAAGCUGUUAACAAUGAUCAUACCAAUAUAUUUUAAAAGUUACCUCAUAAUAUAUUUAUUUUGUUUAACAGUUUAUUAGUAUUGUAAGUUGAUGCCAUAAUGCCUUGCUGGCUACAUAUCAACUUGUUUUUGAAUUUUUUUCCCUUUAAUAAUUCUGGAGAAUGCAUAUUUAACUUUGAGCUCAAAGUAGAGAAAAUGAAGCCAUUUGAAGUUCAAAAUUCACCCCCUCUUGAACAUGUGGGUGAAAAUUGGUAUAUUUUUGGGUUCUCACCUCAUAUAUCACUUUAUGAAGUCCCAUGUAAUGACGGUUACUGACUUGGUUAUGUUAAUUCUGCAGCCAGGAGUUACAUUUGAACUGAAUAUCGAGCUAUUGCAAGUAAUACCAUCACAGUAGUAGUCAUUUUUUGAGUUAUAAGAUAUUGUAAAAACCAAAUUUAUACUUCAUUCUUCUUUCUUUUUCUCCAUCAUAUCGAAAAGGGUCUUUACUCUGCCAGACUGAUUCUUUUAUCCACAGAAAGGUCGACCAAGGUGAAUUGUAUCUCCCAACAUUUGGUUCUUGCUCAUGUGAAUUUUUACUGGGAUUAUUAAUGUAACCCGCCAUGGAGCAACGUUCUUUUUUGAAUUUAUAUGCUAUUACUGUUUAAUUUAUUAUUAUUCUAAA